CAACAUUGUUUGUAGCGGCAGAGAAGACCACCGAAACAAUUUAUGUAACUCUGUAGUAGAGAUGCAUACAACAGCAGCAUAUUAUGUUUCAUACACGAGACGGACGUACUGCUAAUUGACUCAGCACAGUGUUGUUAAAAGUGUAGCUAUUACUACGAAGACACUGCUAUAUUGCCGACUUGUUUCGUUGCAAAAGAGUUCCCAGCCACGUCAACUUCAUCCGUGGCAGUAAAGUUCAAGCAUUCAUCUGAUCCAGAAUUUAACAGGUCUACUUUCACAGUGAAACAGUAUAGUAACCCCUUUAAAUGGCUCAACCUUUGCCGAAACACCCCACAAGACAUUGAAAGGUGCUUGUAUGUGGAGUCUCUAUCAUGUCAACUUGUUGAUGUGUUGCCAAAGACCCGUACUCCUAUCCAGAAAAUGGAGGCCGAUAAUUGCCCUGCUGGAAACAAGGUGGAACAAACAGAUUCCUCACCUCAACAGGAGAACACUGCUUGUGGUGGACCUGCUGUAGGUGAUCCAGACAGUCAAAGCCAGUCACAUAAAGCUGCCUCCAAGGCUUCCCACCCUGAAUCAGAGGACCUGGACUCCUUUAACCUGAUAGAGCCCCCUCCUCUGGACUGGAGGUCAGACGACUCUAGUGAAGCAGGGUCAGUGGAAGAGAUGGAUGAUCCCAGCUUUCCUCCCUCCUCUGUCGCUGUGGACAGUCCAGAGGAUGUACUAGGUGAGUCCCUAUCUGCUGUGGAUGUAGUAGGUGAGUCCCUACCUCUCUUGGACACCAGUGACACUGUAGCUUUACCUGUGGCAGUUAGCCAGGAGGAGCUAAUCAACUUUGCUCCUGAGGAUAGAACCCCAACUGAACCGGUCCUGGAUCCUUGUGAAAAGGAAAGAGUGGUGGAGGAAGAGAAGAAGGUUGAGAUCUGGAGACCAGGUGACGAAGACCACACUCGGAUCCACCACCUGUUGAACCGACUCCAAGUCAUCAGAGAAAGCCCUUUCCCCAGGAACUCAAGCACUGACCCUGCACCAUCAGCGUUCUCUGAGUCCUCGGACUUUGACCCUGCAGGCCCAUCUCUGUUGACUGACGUCAGCCCUUUCCUACCAGAGCAGAACCUGAACCAGGCCUCGGGGCUGCUGUUCUCUGAGAGUCAACAGAGAGACCUAUUAGGGCUGCUGGAGUGUACAGAGAUCGGGGUUCCCCAGCCCAGUCCCUCUGAUACCCAUGUUCUUCCUUACAUGGCCCGGAGAGAAGAGAUGGAUGCGGUGGUGUCUGUCUCCUACAACCAGGAGGACGGGGAGAGGUUCUGGGACCACUUUGGGAACAGCGGGCGGCUGCGCCACAUAGAUGACUCCGUUGACUCUAUCCCAGAGGAUGAGGUCCCAGAGCCUGUGUGGAUGAAGUUAGGGGAGGAGGCUCCAGAGGAGGUCAACGAUGCAGAGAACAGUGAGCGGGGCACAGAGGACCACCCAGCCUAUAAAGAUGUGCCUGGCCCCUGUGACCCAGAUGACCUCCUGGAUGGGGUCAUAUUUGGGGCCAAGUACCUGGGCUCCACCCAGCUCAAGUCUGACAAAAACCCUUCCACCAAUGCCCGAAUGAAACAGGCCCAAGAGGCUGUGGACAGGAUCAAAGCCCCAGAGGGAGAGUCUCAGCCUAUGACUGAGGUGGAUCUCUUCAUCUCCACUCAGCGCAUCAAAGUCCUCAGCGCAGACACACAGGAGGCCAUGAUGGACCACGCUCUCCAGAUGAUCUCCUACAUCGCAGACAUCGGCAGCAUCGUGGUCCUGAUGGCCCGCAGGAAGCCGGCAGUGGGCCGUAAAGGCCAGGAGGAGAACCCCACCGGGGCCAACUCCCCCGGGCCACAGAAAAAGUGCUGCAUGAUCUGCCAUGUGUUUAACUCCGAUGAUGCACAGGUGAUCGCUCAGGCGAUUGGCCAGGCCUUCGGUGUGGCCUACCAGCAGUUCCUCCAUGCCAACGGCAUCAAGGCCAGCGAGCUAAAGCCCAGCGAGUACAGUGACUACCUGGGCACACAGGAGCUCUACAACGGAGACCUGGUGCACUUUUCUGAUUCAGAUAAUAUCAGAGAGGUGUCCAUCUCCAAGGCUCCCGGGGAGAUAGUGGGGGUGGCGGUGGUGGAGUCGGGCUGGGGGUCCAUCCUGCCCACGGUAGUGGUGGCCAACCUACUCCACGGUGGCCCUGCAGAGCGCUGCGGGGCCCUCAGCAUUGGAGACCGCAUCAUGUCUGUCAAUAGCACCAGCCUUGUGGGCCUCCCCAUAACUACCUGCCAGAGUAUCAUACGGGAUUUGAAAAACCAAGCUGAGGUGAAGCUCAGUAUUGUCCACUGCCCUCCCGUCACCAUGGCUAUAAUCAAGCGACCGGACCCAAAAUUUCAGUUGGGCUUCAGUGUGGAGGACGGCAUUAUCUGCAGUCUGAUGCGUGGAGGGAUUGCGGAGAGAGGUGGCAUCCGGGUCGGACACCGCAUCAUUGAAAUCAACGGACAGAGUGUGGUAGCCACUCCUCACGAGAAGAUCAUCCACAUUUUGACUAACGCAGUCGGGGAGAUUCACUUGAAGACAAUGCCAGCCUCUACAUAUCGCCUUCUAACGGGACAAGAUACGCCAGUAUUUCUCUGAGAGAACGGAGAAGAGUGCUGCUGCGCUCACAAGCAAACGAGCUAUACGCAAGCCAUUCUCCAACUAUACACAUGCCAUUCUCCAACUAUACACAGGCCAUUCUCCAACUAUACACAAGCCAUUCUCCAACUAUACACAUGCCAUUCUCCAACUAUACACAAUCCAUUAUCCAACUAUAACACAGGCCAUUCUCCAACUAUACACAUGCCAUUCUCCAACUAUAACACAGGCCAUUCUCCAACUAUACACAUGCCAUUCUCCAACUAUAACACAGGCCAUUCUCCAACUAUACACAGGCCAUUCUCCAACUA